GUGCACCAACAACUCCUUUAAUCACAAUUGCGAUGACUGAGAUUAUUGCUGGUGUUCUGGAGAAGAACAAUUUACAUGGUGCAAUUUUCACUUCUUUCUGUGGAGGGGCUGAAAUGGGUCAAGCAAUAGCUUGUGACAGAUGGAUACCUCUGGUUUCAUUUACUGGAAGUUCCAAGGUUGGGCAGAUGGUUCAACAGAUAGGCAAUGAGCAGUUUGGAAAAUGCUUAGUUGAACUUAGUGGAAAUAAUGCUAUAAUUGUCAUGGAUGAUGCUAACAUUCAACUUUCUCUUCUUCAUGAGAGCAUCUAUCAAACUGUAUUUGAUCAACUGAUUGGUGUUUAUAAGCAAGUGAAGAUUGGUGAUCAUUUAGAAAAAAAGAUCCUGAUUGGAGGAUCCGUUAUAGAGGGAGAGAGUAACUUUGUUCAAUCCACAAUUGUGGAGAUUUCUUCAGAUGCACCUGUUGUUAUGGAGGAAUUAUUUGCUCCGGUCCUCUAUGUCAUGAAAUUUAAGGCAAUGAACCCAGCUUGUGGGUGCUCUUCUUUUUCUAUUAUUAUUAUUCAUAUUUGUCCUCCUUUUAUUUGUCUAUCAUAAUCAUUGCUUGUACCUAUGCCUGUCAUUAAUAAUCCUGUAUGAUAAAUGAAUUAAUAUCACUUGAUCUCUUUCUUCUAUAGACUUUAAAAGAAUCAAUUGAGAUAAACAACUCAGUACCACAAGGGUUAAGCUGCUCCAUAUUUACACGCAAACCAGAAAUAAUAUUCAAGUGGAUUGGGUAAGUACAACUGUGGGUGCUGUCUUUGGCCAUCACUUAUGAGACAUAGCACAUAUGAAUGAACUUGUAUUGUCUUGUCUUUCAUCUUUUGUUGUAAGCUUUCAUUGUCUUGGAUUCUAGUUUUAAGGUGUAUGUUAAAAAAAAAGUAGUGGGACAGAAAAAGGAAGAAAAGAAAUUUUUUAACUUGAAAAAGAAAUCUUUAUUUUUUUUAGUAUAAAAGAUUAUCUUUGUUGCUUUGUAUGUAUGCAAGUAUGCUAUCAUUAUCAUUAGCAAGAGUAUCUGUUAUUUAUAUUUUGGAAUCUAAAAUCUAAAUUUGUUUUUGCCCUUGGCAAAGAAUAAAGUGGUGUAGUUUUCAUCUUAAUUGCACAGGUCCAUUACAAAGCUUGCCAUUUUUCUCCUCUCCACUGAUUCUAUUGUGUUUUGUGUGAUAUGCAGACCACUUGGAAGUGAUUGCACCAUUGUGAAUGUAAAUAUUCCUACAAAUGGUGCUAAAAUUGGUGGUGCUUUUGGUGGUGAAAAGGCCACUGGCAGUGGCCGAGAAGCAGAAAGUGACU